GCUACAUGUUCACCGGCUACUCUUCAAUUACGCACAGCAAUCAACCCGUGCCAAACGAACAAAAUACAAUAUCACCAGUCAAGAUGAAUCAAGAGCCACCUAUCCAGGGUAUCUCACCCCUCUUGCUCCAGCUUUACGACCUAUCGCCGUCACAAAUACUGGGAAGUCAACAAUUCCAAUUGCUUCAUAAGCCUGGCUUGGACAAAUCCCAUAUUUUGGCUUCCAUUCCAGGAACCUCGAAAUCCUCUCACCGGCCACUACACCUGCUGUACCUUCUACUGACAGAGAUUCCUGGUCGAUGGCCAACCUUCGACCUCAUCAAGUGCCAUACCCGGCUCUUCAAACUGCUUCCAGAAGAUUCCAAGGCACGUCGCAAUGUUGAGUGGGCUUGGCUCAUCGAUGCUACGACGAAACUAGUUAAGCAGUCAUGUGGCUCGUUUUCUCAAUUUAUUGGCUGUGAUGAGAGGCCUGCCCUGCGAGCUACGACUGCGGAGGAUUACAUCACACACCGUGGGUUGCAUGACUUUGUAACCAACUUUAAGUUGCCAGUCAGCCCUAGUCGAACGAAGCCAGUCGUCGGCAUCGCACUUCCGAAUGGUCCCCUCUUGGCGGCAACUUGUGUAGCAGUCACCAGCUACUAUGUGGCAGCGCCUAUUAAUCAAGCGGCGGGUCCAGAACAGUUCCAAGCAGACAUUAUCCAAGCUGGCGCAGAUUUUAUUCUCACUACGGACGAUGACUAUAAAAAGCUGCAGCUUGGAGAGGCGUGGGUUUCAGAGCGAAACAUCCAAGUCUUUAUUGUGGACUGGACAGGCGGCGACAACGUCAGCGUCCAGACCCUAGCUGGAGGAACCCUCGAAGGCUCCAAUGUCACGACAGAGCCCAAUCGGGGCGAUGAUAUUGGGAUGAUUCUGUUCACGAGUGGCACGUCCGGUACAAAAAAGGUGGUCCCAUUAACCACACACUCAAUCAUAGCUGGCAUUGUGUUUGUCAAGGAAUCCUGGGGCCUGACGUCAAGUGAUAUCUGUCUCAAUAUGAUGCCUCUGUAUCAUAUAGGCGGCCUCGUGAGAAACAUAUUUGCACCGAUUUUCUCCGGCGGCUCAACCAUUUGUUGCUCUGCCUUUGACCCAAGCCUUUUCUGGGAUGCUGUCCAAGACAUUAAACCAACGUGGUACUAUGCCUCGCCAUCGAUGCACUCAGUCAUCUUGAGUGAGGCUACUAGACGUCCCGAAGCGUUGAAAAAUAGCCGUAUCAGGUUAGCAUGCAAUGCUGCUGGCGGUCUCCUGCCGUCCCUCGCAUGCCAACUACGAGAUACAUUUGACUGCGUUGUUCUCCCCAGCUAUGGAAUGACAGAGUGUAUGCCGAUUUCUACCCCACCUCUGGAUUACCAGCUCGAUCGAGAGGGGACAUCCGGCAUCAGCACGGGACCAGAGCUUGCUAUCCUAGACGGCUCAGAGGCAAUGGCAUCGUCUGGGCAAGUCGGAAGAAUAUGCGUACGCAGUGAACCCGUAUUCCCAGGAUAUCUUAAGCCGGAUGGCACCUUUGACAAAUCUCCAUUUAAUGAGGAUGGCUGGUUCGAUACUGGUGACCUCGGAUAUAUGGACGAUGAUGGAUAUCUCUAUAUAACUGGGCGCAGCAAGGAGGUUAUCAACCGUGGAGGAGAACUCAUCUCUCCUUUCGAAGUUGAGAAUGCCAUCAUCUCAGCGUCCAUGUCGGCUGAUUCCCCAAUCAGCGGGCGGAUCAGCCAAGCUCUAGCCUUCUCAGCUUCCCACGACAUCUUGCAGGAAGUUGUAGCAGUGGCUUUAGUAUCACCAGUCAACAAGCCGCGCGUAGACCUCAAGACCCUUCACAGCGCUUUGCGUUCGUCUUUGCAGCAAGCGAAGUGGCCUGUCUUGAUAACCUAUAUGGACGAUCUCCCCAAGAAGAACAACAAGGUUCUGCGCAUCAGACUCGGGAAAAGGCUCGGGAUUCCAGAUUUGACAGAUGGGACACCGUAUCUGGGCCGGCAUUGGGAGGCAUCAUGCCCUCCUCCUGAUACGCCCCUCUCUGUCUCAAUCGGGUGUUCUCUAUGCCCAGUCGACUACAACUACCUGGCUUCGAAAAUACAGAACUCGGUCCCAGUUAGCAUUCAAGUUUACUGUCGACAGGACCCCAGAGACGGCACAGUCGAAGCCUUUCUAGCACCAGGAAGCGUUAUUGAGAAGGCUAUGGAGCUCACUGCUAUUGGAAACCUGCGGUUCCAGCUCGGACGGUCAAUUGAUAAUUUCAUGGUGCCCGGCCAGAUUCACCUCAUGCCUGACCCGUUUCCGCGAGAUACAUCAGGAAAUAUUAUGGAGAACCGGCUCCAGGAAGAACUUGACAAACUCUUAUCUGCAUCUCUCGAGAAGUUGGGGAUCUCCACUCAGGGAUUGGUGAAGAAGGCUUUCGCAGACACACUGUCGCGUCCCCCCAACGACAUCCCAGAAGAUGUAGACUUCUUCAGUCUUGGUGGUGACUCGCUACGCGCCGGGCGGCUCAUGUCUGCUUUGCGUGCUCAAUUCAACGUCCACCUACCGAUCGGCUUAGUUUUCAACGAUGGCACUGUGGCAGCAGUGGCAUCUCACAUUGAGAAUAUGACCAAGACGCAGCCGUUUGAUGACGCUGAAUCCGAUGUCGUUGGAUGCACCAAUACACACAGCUCAACUAACCCCUGCCUUAUGUUGGUGCAGUUGAUUCCACUGGCCAUCGUCUACCCACUGAGACGGGCAUUCCAAUGGACUGUUUUUAUGGUGGUGCUCGCAUACAGCCAACUCCUGCCGACAAACGAUUCUAUUCCCGGCAGGUUGCUCAACCUGAUAGUCUCCAUCACGAUUUCCCGAAUUGCCGUCCGUUGUCUUGCCCCCCUUGUUGGAAUCCUUUGCAAGUGGCUCAUCAUCGGCCGGUAUCGUCGCGGUCUGUACCCCAUGUGGGGUCUCUAUCACACGCGGUGGUGGAUGGUCCAAAAGAUCACGAGUAUUUGUGGCAAAGGCAUGUUCAAUUCGAACGAUGCAACGCAGCGCUUGUAUUGCCGCUUGAUGGGAGCCAAGAUUGGCAAGAAUGUAAGUCUUGGUGCAGCAGCACUCGGGGAAUGGGACCUACUGGAUAUCGGCGAUGAUGUUGUCCUCGACAGAUGUAUAUGCCGACCAUUUGCAGGAGAGGGUAACACGACGAUGUAUCUGGAUAAGAUUGCGAUUGGGGAAAACUGCUCUAUUGGAGCGGCUUCCAUUAUUGCACCGGGAACGACCAUGGCACCUAACACUUGCAUCGGCCUCAACUCAUCUAGCUGGGAGACGGACGAUGCGGAUGAGGCGUACCGAGAUCUCUCGCCGAGCAAGAUUGCAAAGCCCCAUUGGCCUCUGGUGUGUCUGCUCACCUUGCCACUGCGCGUUAUUGCCGGGUUUCUAUCGCUUGUCCCCUGGAUGUGUGGUCUCCUCGGCAUGGUGAUAGACAGGCCGUCCGUCAACCACACCCCGAUCCGUGACAUUGUCAACUGGUUCACAGAAGCAGAGCGAGUAGGUUACCACUACCUUGCACUCGUCUUAAAAUGUCUUAUAAGCCCGUUUGUCUUGUUUGGCUUCACACUACUGGUCAAGGCCAUACUCGACGCUACUUUUGGAGAACUGGGCCCCGGGCCAGCGCAUGGCCAAGGUGCUAUUGCCACCUGGAGGGCGAGCCUCAUCAAGACACUCU